GCAACCCCAACCCAACCCUGCUGAUGGAACCCCGCCAGCACAGCACAGGACCAGCUCACUCUACUAGGACAAGCCACUGAACUGCUGAUUCUCUCCGCCGUAUUUAAUACUUUCCACUUCCGUCGGUAGUUAGCUUCUGUUACACUCUAAGCGUCGCUCACUGCUCCUUAGGAGCGCGCGUCGCUGGAUGGUUGGCGAUCUGGCUGGGCGCGAGCUCCUGCGAGGGGUCCAGAGCACGUGGAUGCCGCGUGCCCGCGAGUUCGCCGCGCGAGUAGGCCGGGAUCCACUCGCGUGCCUGUCCUGGAGCCGCAUCGGCCCCGGUGCUCGAGUUUCGACCGUUAGGGGCGAGAUCUGCCGAAGCGUGGUCAGGGUUUCGCCGGUGGUCGCGGGAGGAUUUCUAGGUGACGGCAAGGUGACGCGGCACGGGGAGGGGAGACACUCGGCGGGUGGGUGAGAGCAUGGCGCGCGAGGGGGAGGCCGGGGUGCUGGUCGCAGAUCCGCGGAGCGGAGGUGGGCAGAGGGACGACGGGCUAAUGGAGCGACACGACGAUGGAUUCCGUGCUGACGUGGAGGACGCGGAUGAUGACGGUAUGAUGGAUCAUCUGAGCGAUCCGGGGGUUUAUUUCCAGCAGGAGACGGCGAACGAGUUGGCGCUGUCGCAGGCCAUGCGAUGGGGCAGCCCGGACGACGACGUCGCGAACAAGUCCAACUAUUCUCACACGACGCCCGUCAGCCCGACUGCGGGUGAUCUUGAUCGAGACGGGUCUCCAUCCAGGGAGCGCGGGGAGGCGGAAGCGGAGAUGGCGCGCGAGGAGGCGGAGAAGAGCGCCUUUUUGAGCGACGCGUCCGUGGAGAAUGUGGCGCUGUGGAGCCGCAGCCGCACGACCAUGGAGCACGACGACUACGACCGCUUGUUCGACGCGCACGGCGGCCUGCACCCCGGCGGCGACCGCGGUAAGAUGCGCGCAGAGGGGGACGAAGACGAGGGGGAAGAGGGGGAAGAUGGGGGAAAGUUUGGGGAGGGUGGAAACGAAGGGUUUGGUUAUCGGGAUGGGACGGGAGCAGACGGAUUCGACGCGGACGAAGACUACGAUAACGGUAACGAUAACGAGAAUGAUGACGUCAUGGGGUUCCAGUUCUGGCGCACGUCACUUCAGCAGGACGGCAGCGCGGACGGGCAGCACGCGGACGACGCGGAGUCGGCGCGAGUGGCGGAGUACGGCACGAUGUGGCACAACAUGACGGGGCACCUCGAGAACAUGAAGGACGACUGGGCGGAGGCGCAGGCCGUGGCGGAAGGGGAGGCGGGGAGCGCGGACGAGGCGGAAGACGACGACGAUGCGCGGAGCCAGGCGUCCGCGCACUCCGACACGGCGCUGCUGCUGGACCACCUGCAGCUGGGGGUGUCGGGGCCGCUGUCCGUGCUGCCGUGGGACGAGGAGGCGGAGGAGGAAGCGGCGCAGGAGGCUGCGCGGGAUGCGCGGGAGGAGAUCCGCGCGGCACGGGCGGAAAUGUACUUCAGUCCAGAGGGGGAGGAAGCGGAAGGGCCUCGUGGGGGAGAGGAGCCGUUUUCUCUGGGCCCAUCCGCCGUCGAUGCCAGAGGCGCGGAUGGCCUUCCGCAGCGGGACGCUUCCGCCGCCCCCCCCCAAGCGGACAUUGGCGCGGGGGAUUCUGCAGCCAGUGAAGGCGCAACUAGCGACCAGGCGGAGCGGACUGAGCCCCGCUCUGACCUGAUGCUUCCGCGCAUCCGCACCACGGGGGACCUUCUCCUCGCCUGCCCGCCCACAGGCGCGUCCUCCCCCGUCGGCGCAGAGGCAGUCGCCGCGGACGUGGGGGCGGCGGACGCGCAGUCCAUGCCGGAGCUGGGGGACGUGCAGCUCUCCGCAGCGGAAGGGAGCGCAAGCGCGGGAAUCGGCGCGGGGGAAGGCAUUGGCGGAGCGAUUUCCGCGGCGAAAGCGGCAGGUGCGGCGGGAGGGGGGGCGGAGGAGGCGGAGAAGGCGGGGGAGAUGACGGCGAUGUGGCUGGGGGGCAUGGCGCGCGUGGAAGCAUGGGUGCGGUGCCUCAAACACGGGCAGUGGGAGCCGUCCGAGUCCAUCGAGCACUGGAGCACCCUCAGCAGCAGCAAGAACGCUGGCAGCAGCGCGCUGCUCCCCCCACAAUCGCCCCCCGCGCCCCACCACCACCACUCGGCCAGCGCCAUGAGCAAGCGGUCCAUGUCGCACGGCCACAUGCACGGGGGCGCGGCGGCCACAGGGGGGAACAUUCAGGCGGCGGUGGCGGUGGGGGCGGCAGCGGCGGCGGAGCAUGCGGGGCGGGUGGUGCGGGGGCUCGACAAGCACGCGGCCGCCGUGUACCUCUCCAUGCGCGGACUGCUGGUCGUGCCGCCGCUGGGGGCGUUCUCGUCGCUCAAGACUCUCGACCUGUCGCGCAACAACAUCACGUCAGUGGCAGCGGGCGUGCUGCCUCGGUCGCUGCACAUCCUGGACCUGUCGCACAACCGCCUGGCGGCCGUGGAGGGGCUGCGCGAGCUGUCGCGCCUCAAGGUGCUCAACCUCUCCAACAACCGCCUCGCGCGCAUCGGCCACGGCCUAUCGGGCUGUCUGGCGCUGCGAGAGCUGUACCUGGCGGGCAAUAGGGUGGGCGAGGUGGAGGGGCUGCACCGCCUGCUGAAGCUCACGGUGCUGGACCUGGGCGGCAACAAGGUCACCACCACCAAGGCGCUCGGCCAGCUCGCCGCCAACUACGCCUCGCUGCGAGCGCUCAACCUGGCGGGCAACCCCAUCCACGUCAACCUGGGGGACGAUGCCUUCAAGCGCUACCUCAUCGGUCUGCUGCCCCAGCUGCUGUACCUGAACCAGCGCCCCAUCAAGACGCCCUCCUCGCGCGACGCUCUCUCGGACCCCCUCAAAGCACGUGGGGCGGGUGCCCCCCAGCUGCACCACGGGCACUCCUCGCGCUCCGCCUCGCGCACUGCUGGCACCAGCACCUCGCGCCACCGCACCGGGGGGAGCAGCAGCAGCGGGCUCAGGAAGGCUGCAGCCGGGGGUGCUAGUGGUUCAUCUGGCGGAGGGGGCACAGGGAGCGGCCACCACCGGGCACACCAUGGGACAAGUAGCGGCGCGCAUCACUCUUCCCGCACUCGCACUGCCACAGGGGGGCACUCAACGCACCGGAGUAGGUCGGGGGUUGCUAGCGGGAGCACCACAGGCGUUGCGUCGUCGUCGCGUCACCACCACCAUCAUCAUCACCAUUGAGCGCCUUCUGCUCAGUAAGCUGCUGAGGAUGGUAUACAAUGCUAGGCAUGCUGAGUGCGAAGCUGGUAAGGUUUGUUUUUGUUCCAUGAUUGAUUUGUUUGUCGUGCUUUUGGAAUACCGAUUGCAUUGAUUGGCUUGUGUGGAAUAAGUUGCAUGACAGGAGGUUGUAGAACACUGCAGCUUGGUGGUGUAUGGCCAGGAAGACGCACGCCUGUUGAGUACCUCCAUAGUCAGAUAUAGAGACCUUGCACUGAACUGUGUAAAGCAGCGGAAAUCGGAUUGUAGAAUGGCAUUUCAUACGGGGUUCUCGAUUUCCCCGUUAUU